UUUACAUUUGCUGGUUGAUUUCUACAAUAUCGAAUGCACACAAUGCAUAUCACGCAAAAGUUGCAUUAGGACAAUGCAGAUGUGCCAGUGACAUAGUUAUCCCAGGUUUUACUUUGUCUGCUGUCUUUGGCACACAUCCCAGCUGACGUCCACUUCCACUUUCCUUCAUUCUUGUUAUUGUUGUUCAGUAUUCUAAUUUUCUAGUUAUUUAUUCGUUCAACGCCUAUUAAAGUAUUUUGUUGCAACACAUCUCGACAAAUCUGUGUACUUCGGAUCAGUUCGGGUUGUUGUAUCGUAUGCUACUCAUUUUAUGUCGAGCAAUAUUAUAACUUCCAUCUCAUCAUCUCGUCCAUAUUUCUCGGACAUUAAAUCAUAUCCAACUUCCGGGGACUCUCAAAGGCCCUAAAAGAAGUUGAGUUCUCAAAGGAGCUGUGCUGCCUGAAGUAGUGAUAGUUCAUAAUUGAAGCUACACGCCCACCGAUUUCCGAUCAAGACCAGGAAGACAAUCUAUCAGUAUAACUAAGAUCUCGGUUUGCAUAUCAUAUUACACAUUAAAGAAUAAUAUGUAAUAGAGAAUUCUCAAGUGCAGGAACAGAGCAGUAAUAAUAGUGAAUAGGAAGUAGGUACGUUGUUAAUUGAGUACUAACGUUAAUAUUAUCAGUAGCAAAGUAGUUGAUAUGAGUCAUUGAAAAGUAUUCAUCAUCAUGGAACUCUCAAAGGAAAGGUUUGUCUUGGGGUAAUAAUGAAUAGUAACUGAUAUCAUGCACCCUAGCUGAGUUAAUUGCAUUAUACAUGUCCUGGUGUUAUCGCAACCACACCAAGUAUGACGUAAUCUAGAUUAAUGCGUCAGGGAUUAAGAAAACGGUUUUUACUCAGUCCAAGACAUUCACUGUUGUAUAGUAAGCCUGUUUCAGUGUCAUCCUAAUAAUCAUGGUAUGAAACUAUAUUUGCUAGUUAAUAAAUGCUAAACAACUGCGGCUUUAAUUCUCAUAUAAUUAUGAUCUCAUGCAUAGCACACUUCUACAAAUAAGAGCAGCUGCUUGAACCAGAAAGAAAUAUGAGAAAUAAUUUUCUUAAUCACUUUGCAAAAUAAUUAAUUUGUAAGUGUAUAUUUAAACUGGUAGGAUUGAUGUGUAUGUAAUGAAUAUGACAAGAUAGAAAGGCAGUAAAGACAGGAUGUAAUAGGCUUUGGUAUCUCAGGUAUAAUAUUUAGGAUAUAUAAACACACACAAGCACGAGUUGAUAACUGUACAAAAUAAAUAAUCAUCCUGGCUGAGGGAUACAACUUCGGCCACGGCGAACAGAUUGAUGAGGACGACGACGACGGAGACGAAGGGGACGAGACGACCACUCUUGUUGUGUAUGACAGGCUCGAAGAAUAUCACCGCCUACGGAAACGCUGUUCCCCCGACGGAAUUGAGAUGGCUAACGUUAACUCGGAAGAUAUCAUAACCAGUGCGGACACUGCAGAUCAUCCAAUCGAGUCUGGGUUCAAUGAUUAUCCUGGUUCAGUCAACCGCUCGUAUGAUGAAGGGGACGAGGAUGAAACUUUGUUGGAAAGGGAAGUGGAUGGAAACGAAACACUCGUCGCCUGUCUUGCGCCGAAAGAUCGGUGGUGGGGAGUGUAUGCCAUAUUUUAUUUCUUAGGAAUUACAACGUUACUCCCUUGGAAUUUUUUUAUCAAUGCGGAUAAGUACUGGAUGUACAAAUUUCGCGAUGUAAAUGCAACAAGAAAUGGAACUGAUGUGUUUUCACCUGACUGGGAUUCCUCUGAAGCUAUAGUUCAGUUAGAUUUACACCCCCUUCAUGGGAAGACCCCUUUUCAAGCUAGUUUCACAUCUUAUCUAGCAAUCGCAUCCAAUGUUCCAUCUACAAUUUGUUUUCUAUUGAACGCCGUCAUUUCGAGAUGGAUCUCAGCAAAUAUGAGAAUGGUCGUGAGCUUGAUCAUCACUCUAGUAAUAUUUAUUGCAUCCACGGUGCUAGUUCAAAUCAAUACCGAUUCAUGGCAGCAGGGAUUUUUUGCAACCACAAUGAUAAGCGUAAUAUUCAUGAAUUCCUUUUGUGCAUUUUUUCAAUGUGGAUUGCUUCAAGUUGUUGGACGAUUUCCGCCAGAGUAUACAACGGCGGUGAUGUCAGGUCAAGCCCUUGGCGGAAUAUUUGCUGCUUCAGCCAACCUCUUAUCUAUAUUUUUUGCUGCAGAUCAAGUGAAAUCUGCCUUUAUUUAUUUUCUUCUGGGAUCUGCAUCUUUAUUUUUUAGUGUUUGUGCAUCGGUAUAUUUACCCCGAACUUUAUUUUUUAAAUUUUACACUGGAGGAAAAUCUCAUCAACCAUAUCGAUUCAUUGAAAAUUAUCCACCUCAAGCAAGAAUCCGGCCUAAUGAAACGAGAAAGGCGAAAGGCAUGUGGAUAGUGUUUAAGAAGGUGUGGAUCCAGGCCAUCUCAGCUAUGAUGGUGUUUGUUGUAACAUUAGCUGCAUUCCCCACGUUAAUGGUCUUGGUGGUCUCUGAAGAAGUUCCUUCUGUUUGGAAUGAAAAGUAUUAUGUUGCUCUUGUCUCCUUCCUCGUAUUUUCAUGUGGCGAUUACAUCGGAAGAAUUUUGUCUGGGGCACUUCAACUGCCUGAAAAAUCGUCAUCGUGGACUUUGAUAUUCUCUAUUCUGAGAAUUGGAUUUCUUCCCAUGAUUAUGAUGUGUCAGCUUCACCCAAGGACACUCCUUCCAGUCAUUUUCAAGUCAGAUAUUGAAUUUGGAAUCAUCAGUUUCCUUUUUGGAUUUUCCAACGGAUAUUUAGCGAAUGUUGUAUUUAUCAAUGCACCUCAGUUGGUGUCUCGGGAAGAUCAAGAGGAAGCUAAUGGAGUUGUCACCACAGCUCUCGGCAUAGGACUCUCAGUCGGCGUUAGUCUUAGCUAUUUUCUUUUAAAGUUGUUGUAAAUUGUGUGCAAAUUGAGUUGUGGGUUCCUCAUUACUGGAGAUCUUGUAUUCAUUCCAUGAGUUUAAGCCAACGUGGCUUCAAACUCUCUCAAUAGAAUCAUAUUGAACGAUCUACAUAUUCAUUUGUCUAUCUAAUCCUGUGUAGUUGUAGUGUAUAUACUGUUGUUGCCCUUAUCCAUUUUGAUUUAUAUGGGCACAUCAGGUGACGUGUAUAAUCUGUCGAGACUGUUUCAUGUAACAAAAUGUAAUUUAUUUUAUUUAGUUUGACUUUGUAUAGUGUUAUUAUUACUUUACAUAAACCAGCUUCCAUUUCUGGAAAAUGAAACGGAUGGUGAUUUUUCAAGACCAAAAAAACUCAUAUUUUUCAUGAAAUUUUCAUUUUAAUGAUUUUACCUCUAAAAAAGAAUGUCUAUUUAUGAUAGCAGAAACUGGUUAAUAAUAUGCGAUGUGAUAGUGUGGGACUACAAUCAAAGUCAAAGUUUUAACGUGAUAAAGGUCGGGUAUGUAUCAUGAUAAAAAGAAUAGAACUGAACAAUCAGAAUAAAAGAUAUAUUAGCGCAUAUA